UUUGUCUUUUGAGCUAAUUGACUAAUCGUCGUUCUUGUCAUCCCUUAAACUGAAGAGCCUUAUACGCGACUACUGCAUGUUCAGCUCCCACAUCAGAAGCUCUCACCUGCACUGCAUUCUGCAACCCUAAGCCAUCAACCAUGGUUCUUCUACAGCUAGAUCCGUUUCUCAAUGAACUCACCAUCAUGUUCGAGCGCAGCACCGAGACGGGCUCUGUUUGGGUUACACUUAAACGAUCAUCCUUGAAGUCUAAAGCCGUGAGGAAUAAAAUGGGCGCAGCUGGUGAAGCGAUUGACUAUAAAUGCCUUAUUCGUGCCACCAAUGGGAAGAAGACAAUUUCUACAUC